AUGGCGGUCAGCAUGGUUGGCCGAGGAUGUAUGCCAGACACUGGGGAGCAUGCCGACCGGGUGCCCCCUGCUGGUCUGAGGGGACACCGGAUGGAUGCAAGAGCAAGAGCAGCACAGGACCUAGCCCUUGUAGAGCCCAGCAGUUUGCAG